AUGUUUUUUUUUGGGAGGCGGGGGAGGGGAGAGAUUUUUCGGCUGCGUUUUCGAUAUCUAAGACGUUUACGAUUAAAAGCAUUUAAUAAUAUAAAUUUUAGUAUAAGAAUGGCCUCAAAAGCCACAACAACAGCGAAUUUUAUUCAAGAUUCAAAUUCGGAGCAGAAUUCUGCUUUAACAAAUAUUUUACAAUUUUCAAGUGAAUCCAUACGUUUUAUAGCCGAUACAAACAACUGUUCCAAUUUAUCUGAAGAAUGUUUAAAGUGUUUAACGUUGGAAACAACAGGCAUUGUCAGAUUUCUUUUGCAAGAUGCAUUAAAGUUUACACGAAAAUGUCGACGAACAAAGAUGAUCACAGAUGAUUUUGAAUCAGCUAUUAAACUUCGACAUGUGGAGCCAGUUAUCGGCUAUAGAUUAUCCGGUGAUCUUCCAUUUAAAUCAGCAGUUAAUAGUCAUCGCGAAUUAUAUUAUGUUGAAGAUAAAGAAAUACAACUUGAAGAUGUGAUUGCAGCUCCUACACCAAAAGCUCCAUUCGAUAUUUCUUUACGUGCAAUUGACGGAAAACAACCUGCAAUCAACGAAAAUCCAGAGAUAACAUCCAAAAAUGAUCAUAUCGCAGAAACAGUUGAUCCGACAAAAUCAAUUAUUCGAAAAAAAUUCAAUUUGGAUACUGUCAAAGUGAAAAGUUCUGUCUCUCAUGAAUUGUCUCUAGUUAAAGUUAAUUUAAUGCAAUACAAUUUGGCCAUACUUAUCUAUUUGAUGCGUAUGACAAUCUCGUUGCUUGAAAAUAAAUCAUUAUAUUGUGAAAAAUAUUUACAUCAAUUAUUUCCAGCUGUCAUGUCUUGUAUAUUGGCCAGACAGUUAUGUUCACGUCCUGAAACAGAUAAUCAUUGGGCAUUGCGAGAUUUUGCUGCAUCACGUUGUGCACAAAUGGUGAAAAUGUUUUCCGCAAGUAUCCAUGGAUUAAGAAAUCGAAUUGUGAGAAUAUUUCUUCGAGUAUUCAACAGUGAAAGAUAUCCUCUUGUUACACAGUAUGGUGCUCUGGUUGGUCUAUGUGAAAUGGGACAAGAAACCAUUGAAGAACUUGUUUUUCCAAUAGUGAAAAUUAUUGGUGAAAGAAUAAUGAAAAUUACCGAGAGUUCACCAAUGACACCGUUAGAUAAAACAGCUAUAGAAAAAAUUAAUUAUCAGUUAUUGAAAUAUGUUCCAUCUGCCUAUCGUGCAUGUCGUAAUGCUCCGGAUGAUAUAGAAAGUUUUAAACAUGAAUUUGGUAAUUAUUUUGGAGCGAAACUUUAUAAUCAAGUUUUACAAUUAAGACAUCAACCAAAUCAACGAUCACUGGUUACACCUCGUCAUCAAGCGGUCCUUAUUCUAAUGAGUCAAACUAUUCGUUCUUUAUUAAUCAUAUCUGAAUGUCUAUCUAUCGAUACAAAAGUCGAUAUUAUUUUUUUCCUUUUAAUUGAUCAUUGCUAUAUUCAUUUACCAUCGUUACUCUCAGGUAUACAAGCAAUGGUCAAUUCUCCCAUGUCAAGUCCACGUACAAAUCAUCGACGUCAGGGGAGUGCAGAAUAUUAUCAAACAGAAGUUGUUUCGAAUGCUAUGGCAAAAAAUAUUGACGCUUUAAAUUUAACCGAUAACCAUCGACGAAAUAGUUUCAAUGCUAAUAAUGUUGGCAUGGGUAGUACUGAGAAUUUAUCCUCUGCAAUCAACUAUGGUUCAUCAACAUCACUCAAUAAAAGUGCAAGUCAUAAUAGUAUGGCUGCAGUCAAUUAUCCAAUUGGUCCAUUAGAUCUCAACAAAUAUCCAGUUAAUUACGAUCCACACCCAGAAAUGAUUCAUCGGCCUAACGCCGAUCGUGUUACAUACAAACAAGAUGUUGCCAUUCGCUAUUUGCAACCUCCAACUCCGCCUCCUCCCGGACCAGUCAUCAUUCGUGAAAUAAGAGCACCCGCUUUGCCAGACGCUCCCCCAAUUGUUAUUAAACAAAGAGCGCCUGUUCCUGUCACUCCUCCACCGAUUAUAGUGCGUGAAAGACCCCCUCAACCCCCAGCUAUAAUUCCACCACGUAUCGUUGAAAAAUAUUUGCCACCACCGCCUCCAGGUCCACGAAAAGUCAUUAUUGAACGAAUGCCUGCAUUACCUCCAAAGCCUCAAUCGAUCGUGAUUGAAAAAUGGUUACCGUAUAAACAACAACAACAAAGUCGUGUUAUUAUUCAGCGUGCUCCAGCUCCUAUACCGUUACAGAAACAGAAAAAUACCAUCAUUACAUGGGAUGCUCCACAAGUUGAUAUUGUCAAAAAUGUUCAUAAUUUGGGUACGAUACGAGCUGAUCCUAUGUUAUACUAUCGACAGUAUGGACCUAAUUUAGCUACGACUGAUUAUGUUUUAUCAACAAUGUCAAGAUACGGUGUUGAUUAUGGUUAUCAAACAAUGAAUGAUUCAACAAGUGUAAGGCAUACAUCCGAUAGAACUGGAGUAUUUGCAGAUCACCGCCUAAGUGAUCAGCAAAUAUUAGAAGGCCAUUAUUCGUCCCGUGCUGGUGAUAAUGAGUCAAAUUCUGAUGUAUUUCUUCACAAUAAUAAUAAUUUAACUAUGUCUGGAGUUACAACUAGUUAUGCCUCCGAACAAUAUCAUGAUGAAACCAGAAGAAGCAGCCGACGUCUGAGUGCAAAUGAAGAACAACAUAAUCGUUCACAGUACAACGCUCCAUCACCUGCCACAACAACAGCUAGUGUUCGACCAACCAUAGCAGCAGCAUCUAAAUUUCUACCAACAAAUCCUAGUCCACAGCAAUCAUCGUUCAAUAGUUCAACUGGAGCAACAAAAGUCGUCCGAGUUGUCAAUUGUUCAAGACAACAAACACCGCCAGCAUCAAAACUUUCUCCCUCAUCAUCAUCAUCCAUUCCUGCAUCAUCAACAAAUAGUGUUGCGCCUAGUAACAGUUUAUUAGCAUUACCUUCUAAUAACAAAAAAGAACGUCCGAAUCGCUUGUUGGUUGAUGAAGCUGUCAACGAUGAUAACAGUGUUGUGGCAUUAUCACAACAAAAAAUGGACGAAUUACAAUUAUUUCGUGGUGAUACAGUUGUAUUAAAAGGCAAAAAACGAAAAGAAACAAUUUGUAUUGUAUUAGCCGACGACACAUGUCCGAAUGACCGUAUUCGAAUGAAUCGUACUGUGAGAAAUAAUCUAAGGGUUCGACUUGGUGAUGUUGUUCAAAUUCAAGGAUGUCAAGAUGUAAAAUAUGGCAAAAGAAUACAUGUCUUACCCAUUGAUGAUACUGUACAAGGCAUCACGGGAAAUUUAUUUGAAGUUUACCUGAAACCGUAUUUUGUUGAAGCCUAUCGUCCUGUUCGUAAAAAUGAUGUAUUUGUCGUACGUGCAGCAAUGCGUGCUGUUGAAUUUAAAGUUAUUGAAACUGAGCCAUCUCCGUAUUGUAUUGUUGCACCAGACACCGUCAUCCAUUGUGAAGGUGAUCCAAUUAAACGCGAAGAGGAAGAAGCGUCAUUGAAUGAAAUUGGUUAUGAUGACAUUGGUGGAGUUCGAAAACAAUUAGCACAAAUCAAAGAAAUGGUUGAAUUGCCAUUACGACAUCCACAAUUGUUCAAAACAAUCGGUGUCAAACCGCCCAGAGGCAUUCUGUUGUACGGUCCACCUGGAACAGGAAAAACUUUGAUAGCUCGAGCUGUUGCAAAUGAGACUGGUGCAUUUUUCUUCUUAAUCAAUGGUCCAGAAAUUAUGUCAAAAUUAGCUGGUGAAUCUGAAUCAAAUUUACGAAAAGCAUUUGAAGAAGCUGAAAAGAAUUCGCCAGCCAUCAUAUUUAUUGAUGAAUUAGAUGCUAUUGCACCAAAACGUGAAAAAACACAUGGUGAAGUUGAACGACGUAUCGUUUCCCAAUUAUUAACAUUGAUGGAUGGAUUGAAACAACGUUCACAUGUUAUUGUAAUGGCUGCGACAAAUCGUCCAAAUUCAAUUGAUCCUGCUUUACGACGAUUUGGCCGUUUUGAUCGUGAAGUUGAUAUCGGCAUACCGGAUGCUGUUGGACGUUUAGAAGUAUUGCGUAUACACACAAAGAAUAUGAAAUUGUCGGAUGAUGUUGAUUUAGUUCAAAUAGGAAACGAAACACAUGGUUAUGUUGGUGCCGAUUUAGCAUCAUUAUGUUCUGAAGCAGCCUUACAACAAAUUCGAGAAAAAAUGGAUGUUAUAGAUUUAGAAGAAGAUACAAUUGAUGCUGGAGUUCUUGAUUCAUUAGCUGUUACACAAGAUAACUUCCGAUUUGCAUUGAAUCAAUCAAAUCCAAGUGCAUUAAGAGAAACAGUUGUUGAAGUACCAACAGUUACAUGGGAAGAUAUUGGUGGAUUGGAAAAUGUUAAACGAGAAUUACAAGAAUUAGUGCAAUAUCCUGUUGAACAUCCAGAGAAAUUUUUAAAAUUUGGCAUGACACCAUCGAGAGGAGUGCUGUUUUAUGGACCCCCUGGUUGUGGUAAAACAUUAUUAGCUAAAGCCAUUGCCAAUGAAUGUCAGGCGAACUUCAUAUCUGUCAAAGGACCAGAAAUGUUAACCAUGUGGUUUGGUGAAUCAGAAGCAAAUGUCCGUGAUGUAUUUGAUAAGGCUCGUCAAGCAGCACCGUGCGUAUUGUUUUUCGAUGAAUUAGAUUCAAUUGCGAAAGCACGUGGAGGAAGUGUUGGUGAUGGAGGUGGAGCAGCUGAUCGUGUGAUUAAUCAAAUUCUAACAGAAAUGGAUGGAAUGGGAGCAAAGAAAAAUGUUUUCAUCAUUGGAGCCACAAAUCGACCCGAUAUCAUUGACUCUGCUAUACUGCGUCGUCUUGAUCAGCUUAUUUAUAUUCCAUUACCCGAUGAGAAAUCUCGUACAGCUAUAUUAAAAGCAGCAUUACGUAAAUCUCCUGUCUCCAAAGAUGUUGAUAUUCAAUAUUUGUCUACCGUAUCCAAUGGAUUUAGUGGUGCAGAUUUAACUGAAAUUUGUCAACGUGCUUGUAAAUUAGCCAUACGGGAAUCAAUUGAAAAGGAAAUAAAUCGUGAAAAAGAACGUCAGCGAAAUCAAACAACAGCAAUGGAUGAUGAAUUUGAUCCCGUGCCAGAAAUUCGACGUGAUCAUUUCGAAGAAGCAAUGAAAUUUGCACGACGUAGUGUGUCGGAUAAUGAUAUUCGUAAAUAUGAAAUGUUCGCACAAACAUUACAACAAUCCAGAGGUUUUGGUUCAUCGUUUCGUUUUCCGGAACAGCAGCAACAACACCCACCAUCACAAGGUGGUGGCACUGGGGGGCACGGUGGAAGUGGACAUGGCGGAACCAAUGACGAUGAUGAUUUAUACGCUUAG